AUGUCCUGGACUCAUCUGGUCUUUCUUUCUCUGCUCGCCACCCUCCUCAUCCUCACACUCUCCACCGGGGUGCGGAGUGCAUCGGUGACAGAUGGAAGAGAGGGAAAAGCUGCAGAGCCCAAAGGGUCAGCGCGGCGAGUCUUCAUGCCCGAGGCGGAUGCAGCAAACUUCUUCAAAAAGCGUAGUCGGCGCUCGGCCAAACAUGAGGCGGAGGUCCUCGCUGAGCAGAGGGUAAGGCUGUCAGCUGAUGAGAGGAGGAGGGAGUACUAUGACGAACAGAGGAACGAGUUUGAGAACUAUGUGGAGGAGGAGCGCGAUGAGCAGGAUGAGAGGACACGGGAGAAGACAGAGCAGUGGCGUGAGUUCCACUAUGAUGGACUCUACCCCCGUUAUCCCCGCGGUUGGUGA